AUGUACUGUGACUUGUGCCAAACCAGAAAACUUCGCAGAGAGUUCCCUGCCAAUACCAUUACGGAUAAAUGUCAACAUGCGCCUCUGCAUUGCUUUAGGGUGAGUACGUACAUGCUGCAAUUCCAGUUAUAAUUAAUACAUCAUAGACGUUUGUCGGUAGUUUCGAAAACGAAGCACUCGAAAACGAAGACCGAAGCACGAAGCACCCAAAAUUCGAAAACGAAGCACCCAAAUCUCGAAAACGAAGCACCCUAGAUCGAAAACGAAGCACCCAAAACUCGAAAACGAAGCACCCUAGAUCGAAAACGAAGACCCCAAAAUCUCGAAAACGAAGCACUCAAAUCUCGAAAACGAAGUACCCAAAACUCGAAACCACUGUCGGCUGUACGUCUUGCAUGACGCAAUCCGAAUCAGGUGGAGGCAGCGGAUGCGUCCGCACCUCCAAAGGUCCACAAAAUCCAUCCCAAGGUUUUAUAAGAGCCUGCCAACUGUUUAACUGAACGUUUCUAGAUGGGAUACAGUGUAUUAAUUUUAUUAUUGGUCUCGCUAUACUUGAUACAUCUUACCUUAAUAUGCGUUUUUUCGGUACACAUGCAUGUUUAUGUAGACUUGAAAAAACUGUCCGUCAGCAGAUUUUGGCGUAUUCAAGUACGCGUGAGCAGUAACACUAAAGGUCUGAAACGAGGCUGAAAACGGAGUGUGACGCUCGCGCGUAUUACUCUUACGCCACGCUUUACCGACUUCUUUACUGAUUUUGAGAAAAAAACCGACUGUUUUGCAGUCUACCAUAUCGGAUAUUUAUGCCACUGCGUGAUCAGAUCAGAUCAGAUCCAGGCAGAAUUUGUUCUAGGGUAAUAGCCUGGGAUCAGGCUCUAUGGUGGGGAACAGGAGAAUUUUGAAAUAAAAGGAGCGAAUAAAAAAAGGAGAGUUAAGCUACUGAGAAGGAGGUCGGUGGGGCGAAGCCUGAAGAUAUGCUUUUUAUGCCACCGAUCCACCUUUAACUACACUAAUUUGCAAAUGGCCUUUAACGAGGAAUGGAAUAGAAAACGCUCAUCAUUUUUGUACGGGGAUACUUGCAAUACAGUAAUACGGCAAUACAGUAAUAUUCUAGAAAUAGUUUGGGCGUUCUCAGUUUUCUGAUCACGUCCAAAACAUAGCCUCCCACCGGGCCUCCCACGCAGCGGUGGAAAUGCAUUUACAACUUGAGUAGUUGAACUGCAUUCGAUUCGUUAUCGAAUACUCGUUAUCGCGCUUGAUUUCUGCUGUAUUUACAUUGGUCUCGUGUUUAUAAAGGAAAGACCGGUGUCGAGUUUUUGGGUGCUUCGUUUUCGAGUAUUGGGUGCUUCGUUUUCGAUCUAGGGUGCUUCGUUUUCGAGUUUUGGGUGCUUCGUUUUCGAGAUUUAGGGUGCUUCGUUUUCGAGAUUUAGGGUGCUUCGUUUUCGAUCUAGAGUGCUUCGUUUUCGAUCUAGGGUGCUUCGUUUUCGAGAUUUGGGUGCUUCGUUUUCGAGAUUUGGGUGCUUCGUUUUCGAGUUUUGGGUGCUUCGUGCUUCGGUCUUCGUUUUCGAGUGCUUCGUUUUCGAAACUACCGACGUUUGUCACCGUUUAGUGAUUUCAGUCUACACCACUGGUUCGUUGCGUCAGUUGCGUCUUGGCCUUGUUAAUCAAUCAAUCAAGCAAGCAAACACAAGCAACUCAAACACGGUUCAAACGAUCAAAAAAGACGGUUUUCUGAAGAACUAGUAUGAAUUUUUAUUCGAAAUUUCAUCAUGUAGGAAAUCAUGGAGUGGACUAAAGAAAACAUCUGAGAAACCUGUACGUUUCCGAUAACAGAAAGGCACGAUAAUGAUGGCAAUGUUGUGGAUUAAGUUUAUCUUUGGUUUAAAUUUUGUCUUCCUUUGUUUUAAACUCAUAAUCGUACAUUACUACUACCAUAGUCGAAAUCAAAAACAGGAGAGUAAUGAAAUUUAAACUAAAUCAAUUGGUGUUUCCUUUUGUUUUUUGUUUUUGUGAAGUGAUUUGGAAGUAAGAACAUCAAAGAACAGCUUAUUCUUAUUUUUUCGUUUCAGUGUCUAACAAGGCACGUCCAGGAGUUUCGUAAGUGUUCUCAGUGUCCUCAAGCCGUAAAAGUCGACAACUCACGUUAUCUUGAAUGCUUGGCCACGCUCGAGAAUCUGUUUCCAAGACUCGAAGUGUCUUCUGCUCCUGGAGAUGCCGACUGGCCAUCCGCGGAGGGCGACAAGACGAUAUCUGUUGUAAUGUUGGGUGGGGACAGUACUGUGGUAGAGUACCAGCCAAAUAUGUCCAUUCUAGCGCUGAAAGCCUUCAUAAAGAGCAGACUUGGUCCAGAACCUGACAAACAACGACUGCUGUAUAAGGAACAAGAGCUCAAGGUAGGACCAACUCGAGAGAUAUAUAACUUGCAGCUCUAAUGAAACGUUGGGUAAGAUUUCGCUCUUCUUUUUUGCUCUUAGAUAUGGUUAUUUAACGGUAAAUAUAAAAUGCGACUAAAUAACGUUUGUGACUAUCGAUAAUAAUAAUAUUAUAAAUAAGCUCUACUACACAACGUAAAUUCUUUUUUAAACUUUGAACGCAACUUUGAUUCCCGACUUGUGGUCCUUAACGGAUUACAACAUGUUUCACAUCUUGUUAUCAUGUAAAAUUGUUAAUGUGAGUUAUAGGAGACGUUCAAAGACCUUUUGCCAACGUUACGUGAUCAGUUGCGCCAAGAAACCAAUCUGUGAGUUGUUUGACUCUGAAACCGCACAGGUUGUCGAAACGUCAGUCACUGUCAACAACAACAGUCCUAUUCAGGACUAAGUUCAGCCGGACGAUCAAACUCAACCUACUUUUGAAAUGACUCCUGGGUUCAAACCUUUCACACUCUUUACAAACCAAUCUGCAUAGUACUGUUAAGCUCUACUCUCUGGAGUAUUCAAUGCGCCUUCUCAUGAAAUGAAAAUUAAGUACUAAACCGCCAAAAUAACAGAAAUAACCUUCUGAAACUUAUCAACAUCUCGGUAAAACUGCUAAUUCGUCUUACGAUUUUAGUUUUUCGAAGUUGAAUCGUGAAUUCGUGUUGUUUAUUGUUCCCUGGGCAGUGUACGUCUUAUAGCCUCGUUCUCAACUACUUUGCAAUUGAUUCAGUUGUUUCUUUUUUGUAAUGGUUGUUCUUUUUCUUUGUCGUUUAGACUCAUUCAAGCUCCGGUAUACUAGCUACUUUACAAGAUUACGGUGUCCAGCCAUUUAGUACACUGUAUCUAAUCGUGGUGUUGUAUGAGAUUUCCGAGGAUCUUGAUCACGUGAUUUUCGACUUGUUUUGGGGUUAUCCUGCCAGCGGGUGUGACUUCUUGGACGCGUCCGUUCUUAUUUACAGUGGCAGCUCGUUUCAAACGCUAGUCGAUUAUAGUCAUCGUGGUUUUAGCGGUGUUACUCACUCCGGUGAUGUAAUGGACAACACUAAGCGUCUUGGUCAUCAUACCAUAAAUGUGAAGCUGAAAAGCUUGCCUUCUUCUGUUGACAAGCUGUUCUUCACGCUGAGUGCAUAUGGCUCACCAAACAUCUCCAAAUUUAAAAAUCCCAGCUUGCGCUUCUUUGACGCCAAGGAACCCAACAAGCAGCUCUGCAGCGAUCGGAUGGACCACGCAGCUUAUUCCCAGGCCAUUAUCAUGUGCAGUCUGUGUAAGAUCAACCACAGAUGGAAAGUGUUUAGUUUACGCACACUGUCCGCAGGAAAUGCAAGGAAUUAUUCCCCAUUGCAACAAACAAUUGGUGGGAUCAUUGCCCAAGGAUUGUGUUAG